UGAUGGCGACGGUUUCAAUUUGCCCUCAGAAAGGUGAAGUUCAACCUUAGCUGUGGUUCUUUCCGUGACCCCAACGCCUUAAAUUCCGCGCCUAUCCUUUCUCCUUCCUUCGCCCGAUUCAUAUUUUUGCGCGAUCUACCCCAGUCCAGCAUCAACAUUGCAGUAUAGCACCGUCUCGAGAUCAAUCCAUGGAGGUCAAAUCCACCGCCGUGGCCGUCGUCCUCCUCCUCAUCCUCCUCUCUUCGCCUCACUUUUCCACAGGGAAUUCGAAUGGAUCGGACGGCUUGGAGGUGUAUGACAUCGACUAUAGAGGUCCCGAGACUCACUCUUCUUCGAUCCCUCCACCCACCCAUUUUCGCCGGAGGCCGUGGAGCCACCAGAGAAGCACCAAGCCACCACCUAAAUUCAAGAACUUGAAGAGUACCGAUACAAAUAAUCGUACUUAGAAACAAGUUCGUGGAUUCUCAUCAUGUGACGAGUGUCAGGAAGUCUUGAUUGUGGGUAUGUAAAGGCAGAGGUGGGGAUCCAAGAAGUUCCCUCCCUCGAGGUUUUAUUCUUAAGUGAUGUGAAGACAGAUUAAUAUGGUACUUCAAGAAUUGUUUUUAAUGUUUAAAUGAGUGACUUUUGGUGUGGUUGUAGAUUUUAUACUGGGGAAGCUACAGGUUCAAGAAGUCUUUUCCCUUAAGAAACUCUGCAAUGUAAUUCAUGAAACUCUUGUUAAAUGUUGCAUUUUCCCCUCCUUAAUUAGU